UCUUUAUUCCGCUUUUGAACUCCGCCAUAGUCCCGUGCCUCUUUCUUUCUUUUCCCCGGCUCGUGGUGAAAGAGGAAGAGGAAGAAGAGGCGGAAACCUCGCGUCUUAAGAGAUCUCAGAUCGGAAAGAAUGGGGCUCACGUUCGCUAAGCUCUUCAGCCGCCUCUUUGCGAAGAAGGAGAUGCGGAUCCUCAUGGUUGGGCUUGAUGCGGCCGGUAAGACGACCAUCCUGUACAAGCUGAAGCUCGGGGAGAUCGUCACCACCAUACCCACCAUCGGAUUUAAUGUGGAGACUGUAGAGUAUAAAAAUAUUAGCUUCACUGUCUGGGAUGUUGGUGGUCAGGAUAAGAUUAGACCUUUAUGGAGGCAUUAUUUCCAGAACACACAGGGCCUUAUUUUUGUUGUCGACAGCAAUGACAGAGAUCGUGUAAUUGAGGCAAGGGAUGAACUUCACAGGAUGCUUAAUGAGGAUGAAUUGCGUGAUGCAGUCUUGCUUGUUUUUGCUAACAAACAAGACCUGCCAAAUGCUAUGAAUGCUGCUGAGAUUACUGAUAAGCUUGGUCUGCAUUCCCUGCGUCAACGCCAUUGGUACAUACAAAGCACCUGUGCUACCUCUGGUGAGGGUUUAUAUGAAGGGCUUGAUUGGCUAUCUAACAACAUAGCUAAUAAGGCUUAAAUUAUGACUUAUAGAAGAUGAAGCAACAGGAACUCCCAUAUCUACGAAGCAGUCGUGUUCCCUUCUCUCCUGGACGCUUUUGGUACUCUUUUGACCCAUAAAACUUUUAUCUCGACUUGUGCGAAUGAUUUCAGGUAUCUGUUGGCUACCUGUGCUUUCUAUAUAUGCAUAUGUAUGGUUUUCUAGUCCAUUUCUUGGCAGAAUUUUGUUAUGGCUUAUGAAUUUACUUGUUAGAUUUCUAUGUUCC